AUGCAGUGGAUGCAGCUCGAUCAAAACGGCGACGCCAACAGCUGGUCCCUGGGCGAGUUCCUCGCCCAGGAUGAGGUGCGAGUCAUGAUGCUCGACCCAGCGUGCACCAAGUCGCUCACAUUCCGUGAGUUUGUCAACGGGCCGAACACACUCUCCAAGUCGACUGCGAUCUCGAACUCCGACAACUGGACCGGCGCCAGCCUCUCGACCAACCUCCGUCCGCCAUUCACCCCGCCUCAGGCCCCAGCCGCCUCCAGCGCCGUAUCCCGCCCACGCCGGGGCGACAUGGCCUCGCUGGCCUCCCUCUUCCCGCGUCGCACCGCCGUCCUCUUUGGCGUGCCCGGCCUCGGCGUCCCGAGCGACUGCGCCCGGCUCGCCCGGCGGACGGCGGCGCGCUGCGACGCCCUCGCCGCCGCGGUCAUCUCGGCUCACCGCUCGGGCGGGCCCGCGGCGCCACGGCGCAUCGUGCGUGGCCUCGACGCCCUCUCGAGCACCGUCUGCGGGCUGGUCGACCCGCUCGAGCUGGCGCGCUCCGCCCACCCGGAGGAGGAGAUGGUGCGGGCCGCCGACGCGGCCCAUGGCGAGCUGUGCGAGACGCUCCACCGACUCAACACCUCGGCGGAGCUGCACGCGGCUGCUGCCGCAGCGGCACGUGGUGCAAGCGCCCUCUCCACCGGCGGAGGCAGCGACCGGGGCUGCGGAGAGAGCGACCCGGGCUGUGGCGCGGACGAGGCUCCGCUGCUGCAGCUCGACGCCGUGCAAGCGAUGCUCGACCUGGAGCUGCACCGCAGCCCCUCGCCGCCCUCGCAGGAGGAGGCGGCGGCGCUGGUCACCUCCCUCCACGCGAAGCACACCGCCGUUCCGCUGCCGUCCGCCGCUGCCGCGGAGGCGGGCGCGCGGCUCGGCUCGUUUGGCCACCUGGCGAGCUACGGUGGCCACUAUUACGCCUACCUGUACGCUCGCUCCGUGGCCGCGCGCGUGUGGCGUGGGGCGGGCUUCGCGCACGACGCCCUCGGGGGCGCCGCUGGCCGCGCGUGGUGCGCCGAAGUGCUUCACCACGGCGGGUCGAGGGACCCGCGACAGCUGCUGCAGUCGCUGCUGCGGUCGUCGCCUUGCGGGGAGACGAGCGGCGCGGCGAGCGGCGCCGUCGCGGCGGAGGGGUCGGCGGCGAGCUCGGAAGAGGUCGUGGAGCAGGCUUUGCUGAGGCUAGUGCGGCUAGAAACUGAAGCGUAG